CUUAGUUCUAUUUUUCAAGUGUAGGUGUCGCAUGUACUUUUUUGAGCUGUCAAACUCGGACUUAGCAAAAAUUUCAUUGUUUUUGUUUGCUCCUUCGCGACCGCGUGUUUAUCGGGAAGAUUUUUUUCGUGAUCAAGCUGCAAUAGUCGUAGUCGGCGAUCAGCACUUUGUCCUAGGGCGGUCCUGGAACGCCGGUAAAACCGUGAAAAGUUGGCGUCAAGUUACGGCCAACGUCUUGUCAAACAACGGCCUCCGCGUUGGAGGAAAUGUUCCGCAAAUCGAAUAGGACUAAAGAGCAUCUUUUCCAGCACGCCGAAUCUCGCCAGGACCGUCGGUCAGCUGGUUCAACACAGUCGAUCACAAGGGCCAACGAUCUCGAGGCCUCAUCACUGUAAAGACUGAACCAUCCCCCUACGAACCAUUUGCAGCUGUCCUCCAAUCCGAGCGUCCCGUCCGCGACUAGCAGCUGCAGCAGUGACAAAUCGUCCCCGAUACGAUCGACUUCGUCCAGUACGACGACCAGAGGUAGCGCCAUCAGUCACAACGAUCACCAGCUCUGCCAGAAGCGUUGGAGGAGUAAACAAUCCGUAUGCCCAACCGGGCUGUGCCAUCAAGGACGACGAAGAUUUGCUGGAUUCGUUCAAGCAGCCUGAGAACCGUUAGCGGCAGGAGAUUGAAAAGGACAAGAAGCUCUUGGAGCAAGAUGCGACGUGCAACAGCACCUGGAACCUGCGCCAGCUGCGGCAGCAGUACAAAAAUCCACACUGGGGCACCACAGCUGCUGAAUCCAUGCUACUGUCUGAGUGAUGAGUCCGACAGGGAUGAGGGCAAUUCGGUGCGGAUGAUGAAGGCGAAGAAGGUCAACUGGGGCGGAGCGACGACGACGAAUGCGGGUGGGAAAGUGACAUCGGUCAAUCCAGGGUUGGCGGCUGAGUCGAGCGAAAACAGCAACACAAGCUGUAUGAGUUCCAACACAAGCUUAAUUCCGCACUCGUUCUCCGUGGGGGAGAUCUGGAAGAUCCACACCAACCUUAAGUCGUCCAAUCUACCUCAACGAUUUCCGGCAGCAAAAGGCAGCAGCAGGAAAACGCUGAUCGCGGUCGCGCCAGGGCAACAAAUGCUCCUCCAGCGUGAGCAGAGACCAGGAGGUUACGGCCACUUCAAACGAGACGCCCAAGCCGGCCGCUGGAGCUUAAAAAGAUGGUGCUGUUGAUUAC